ACACUUCGCGGCAGGCAGAAUCGCUCAGCCCAACCCUCACCCCGCACGCUUCGUGAUAUCCAUCCUCGACAUACCGGUCCCGUGACCAAUCUAUCACGAUGGCUCUCUUCUAUGCGCACGGUGUGCCAAUAGGCUACACCGCGAUCAUGCUCGCCUUGCUGGCGUCCAUGGGUGGUUUCAUCUUCGGUUACGACACCGGCCAGAUCUCCGAUAUCCUGCUCAUGGACGACUUCCUGCUCCGCUUUGCUACGUGCUCAGACAGUACGAAUGCGGCGACAUGCAGCUUCUCCAAGGUCCGUGAAGGCCUCAUCGUCUCCCUUCUCUCCAUCGGUACCUUGGUCGGCGCCCUGCUCGGCGCACGGACAGCCGACUUGCUCGGUCGUCGCCGCGCAAUGACCGCCGAGUGCGUCGUCUUCAUCGUCGGCGUCAUCGUCCAGAUCGCCUCCGCCCACGCCUGGGCCCAGUUCGCCGUUGGCCGUCUUAUCUCGGGUCUUGGUAUUGGCGCGCUGUCCGCCGCGGUGCCGAUGUACCAGGCCGAGACGGCACCGCCGCAGAUCCGCGGCUCGCUCACCGCGACGUACCAGCUGUUCAUCACCCUCGGCAUCCUCGUCGCGUACUGCAUCUCGAUCGGCACCCGGAACAUGUCCGGCUCGGGCUCGUGGCGCACCGUCGUCGGCAUCGGCAUCCUCUGGCCGCUCAUCCUCGGCAUUGGUAUCUUGACCAUGCCCGAGUCGCCGCGGUGGCUCACGGCCAGGGGCCGCUACGACGAGGCACGGCUCUCGCUCGCACGCUCUCGCGGCAUACCGCUCGAUGAGGCAGAGCACAACAAGAGGAUCCACCGCGAACUCGAGGACAUGCGCACCGCGAUCGAGCACGAGACCCGGGUCAAGGCGGGCUUCGUCGACUGCUUCAGGCCCCAGCGCAAGCAGCUCUACCGGACGCUGCUCCUGAUGGCGCUCCAGAUGUUCCAGCAGCUGACGGGCGCGAACUACUUCUUCUACUACGGCGCGACCGUGUUCCAAGCGGUGGGCAUCAGCGACUCGUUCGUGACCCAGAUCAUCCUCGGCGCCGUCAACUUUUUCUGCACGUUCGGCGGCAUCUACAUCAUGGAGCACUACGGGCGGCGGCUGCCACUCAUCAUCGGCGGCGUCUGGCAGUCGGUGUGGCUCUUCGUCUUCGCGGCGGCCGGCACGGCCAAGAACCCGCAGGAGGACAAGACGAUCGGGAACCUGAUGAUCGUGUCCGCGUGCCUGUUCAUCCUCGGUUACGCGAUGACGUGGGCGCCGGGCAUCUGGAUCCUGACGGGGGAGACGUUCCCGACGCGGACGCGCUCGUACCAGGCGUCGCUCGCGGCGGGGAGCAACUGGCUCUGGAACUUCCUCCUCGCGUUCUUCACGCCCUUCAUCGUGGGCGCGAUCGAGUACCGGUACGGCUUCGUCUUCGCCGCGUGCAACCUCACCGGCGCCGUCGUCGUCUACUUCUUCCUCUACGAGAGCAGCGACCUCAGCCUCGAGAGCGUCGACAUGAUGUACUGCGACCCCGCGUGCAAGCCGUGGACGAGCGCGACGUGGGCGCCCGCGGGCUUCGCGACGCGCGACGACCUCGUCGAGGCGGACCGCGCGGCCGAGAAGCGCAAGAUCCCCGAGGGGGUCGAGGAGGGCCGCGUCGAGAAGGUCGGCCAGCACGGCGCGGACGGCUCCUUCGAGACCUCGUCCGUAUGACCAACUUGAAGCACAUGCACACCUCACAAAACCCUGCACUCCCUGUACAUCAUCGAGACUUGGUUUGCACGCACACACGCAUGCACGCUACAUUCUGCGCCCACAGACCUCGCACCAAUGGCCUACAUCAGUAAUGUACCACUAUUAAUACCCCCCUGCGUAUACGACAGCGGCUGG